AUGCUAAGCUUAUUUGAACUAAGCUACUUUAAACAAGCUAUUUAAAAUUUUGAAGAAAUGAUUGAAGAAAGGCAAAAGGAAAAAGGAGAUAAAAUAGAUUCUAUAGACGUUAUAACAAUCAUUUUAUAUUUAAAUUAGCUGUUUUGUUUUAAUAGUGGAAAAUGCGAAAAAGCCAACAAAUAGCUUUUGAAAGUUUGCGAGCAAUAUAAGGAGUAAAACGAAAAUAAGGAUUCAUAUGAAGCAGGUGUUUAUCUAUUUGGUAAAGGAAUUUACUAAUUCUUAAAUACGUUUAGAGAUGAAGAUAAUAUUUCUUUUUUAGCUGAUAUGGAAAAGGCAUAUAUCUUGUUAGAUGAUUAUAAGCAAGACAUUCUUAGCAGUUUGCAGUAGAUGCAUCAUAUCAAAGGAAAUAUAAGUGAAUCAGAAAAAUGGGGUUAAUUAUUAUAUAACCUAAAUCCUAAGUAUCCAGGGAUUGCAAAUAAUCUAGCAUCUUUGUAUGUGGAUAAGAAAUAGUUUGAAGAAGCAGUAAAACUUUAUUCAGAAGAGGAGUUAUCCUGCCCUAAUAAUCAUGUAGUUCUUCGUAAUUUGGCUAAUGUUUAUAGAGAUAUGGGAGAUACUUAAAAAGAAGAAGAAUAUUGCAAAAGAGCCUAUGAAAUAUAACCUAGAUCAGCUUUUUCUUGUCUCAGAUAUGGCAUAUUUAAUUACAAGCACAAUAAAAAAGAAGAAGCUGUAAAAAUGUUCAACGAAGGCAUCAGUAUCGAUUCAGAAGUUUUAGGAAAUUAUUAGCAACUUGCAAAUAUAGCAAUUGAUGAUAAUGAUUUUGGUAAUGCAAUCAAUUAUUUGUAGAAAUGUGUAGAAAUAAGUCCAGACGAAGGAUAUUGCUAUUAUAAAUUAGCCGAGUGCCUUAAAUAGUGCCAAAGAUAUAAUGAAGCUAUAGAUUAGUAUAAUAUGUCCAUUUAAAAAUAAACAUACAAAAAAUUACUUAAAAAGUAUUGA